AUUAAUUGGAUUGACUUAUGUGGCAGUGAUUUUAAUGCUGCUGUGCCAUUUUGCUGCUGCAGUUCCGAAGCAAUAUGAUGGAAAUGACCAAUCUUCAAACAGUUAUCCAAAUAAUAAUUGGAGACGACGAACCAGUGUUAAUGAAACGGAAAGUGCUGCAUCAGAACGGUUACAAAGACUCGGAUCUAUUGGAGGUUUAACUACAGGAUAUGGGAAUACAGUUGGGUCUUACGGUUACGGAAGUGGUAUUGCAACACCAUAUGGAAAACCUGCAAUCGAAAUUGGUGCUGUCAUCUUGGGAGUCAUCAUUGGAAUCGGAGCUUUGUUAAUCCUUCCAAAAAUUGCUGCAGUCAUUGUCGGGCAUGGAGCUCUUGGAGGAUAUUAUAGAACAAAUGAUGAAUCAGGAAUUGCUGACAUUAUGAAUAAGUUUGAUGAUUUCCUUGCACAACAUAAUAUUGACUCAAAUGCAUGCAUGCAGAAAGCAGUUUGCCACUUCGUACGUUCUGCUGAUUAUCAUACCAGUGUUGGAACUGCUGAUCAAAUGGAAGCUAUGAUUUCAUCAAUCUCAGAAAACUCAAUAAUUGAUUAUGUGUUGGAUGGAACUGCAAUAAAAGAUGCUAUUGAAAAUGGUAAAAACCCAACAGGAAGAGAAUGUGAUUCCAUAUAUCAAGCUUGUCCAUUAGAUCGGCAAUCAGCACUUCAAAUGAUGAAGAAAUUCCUCCCUCUGCCUGGAAAAGUUCAAGCUAGUUCAUGAACGUAAACCAACCACUCUACAAUCAAUGGCGACACAUUUACAUAAACACAAUUGAUAAACUUCUUGUGAUUGUCAAAAAUAGUUCAAUUAUUUCAUUAUAACAAUUGCAUCAUUUUAACAAAACACAUUAAAGAAUUUAUAUGAUGGAAUAUGAUCAAUUUAAUCAUUUCACUUCACAUAUUCUUAAUAACAUUAGGUAUAGUAUUCCUUUAUUUAUAUUGUAGAUAAUGAAACAUUUUUCAAG